AUGGAUCUGCCUCCGCCUCCUCCUUCCAAGCACCUUGAUGUUGGCUAUCCCAGCUCCUCCUCCUCAUCCCACCCGCCCCCAUCGCCUGGUGGUCGGUCUGAAGGGAAAGCCAAAAAAGUGAAUCCUCUCGUAGACUUAAUAGAAACGGAAAAGGAUUAUAUAGAACAACUUUCUUCUAUCAUCCGGAAAGUCGCUGCGGCGUGGUCACGCUCCAAUUUUCCUCCAAAGGAACUCGAUAGUUUGUUUCGAGGUAUCGAGGCGGUAUACAAAGCAAACAAAGCGCUGAACACGAAACUGAAAGAGAUUGGACCCAACCCAAGUGACCCAAAAGCCCUUGGAGAUCUUCUCAUGCGAUGGAUUGAUGACUUGGAGCCCCCAUACACGCGGUUCAUCAACGCGUACGCAGCUGGCUUUGACACUUGGAGACCUGUUCAACAGAACCCCAACCUGGGUCGUAUCUUAGGCGAAUUGUCCAACACACUUACCCCCGAAAACCCUCAGGAAUGGACACUAGACAAGCUCUUCGCUCUCCCUCUCCAACGAUUAAAGUACUACAAAAAACUGUACUCUCGGUUGCUCAAGACGACAUCGCCUGGGCGUUCGGACCACCGCCUGCUUGUCAACGCAAACGAGACAUUGGAUAGACUCAUGGCGACGUGCGAGGAGCGCCGCAGCAAGCUCAUUGGCGACCCGGUCGACCAUGAUUUGCCUCGCGAGGCUUCUGACUCGUCGCCACCCGCACCUUCGUAUCCUACACGCAAUGCGUCUCUGGGACACGACAUGGCGAACGCCCAUCCCAACCAGCCCAUGUCUCACUUGGGCUCGUCAGAGUUUCAGCUUCCGCCUCUGUCUAUUGGCUCAGGUAAUCAAUCUGGGCCAACCCGAACCUUCAGUGGAGAUGCGCCAACAAUAAACUCUGACACCGCAACUAUCGUGGGACCAAAAGAUCCAAAUGACGUUGCCCCCCCUCCGGCGCGUGUCCAAAGCCCGGAGAUUGCAAUUUCCAACGCGUUCAGGCGGCCAGUAGAUGGCGAGCGGUGGAGCAAGCGUGUCAAGGCAAGCCCACGUAGUCUGGUAGUCGGACGAAUGUCCAGGGACACUACAUUUUCGUCCAUGGGUCCAGGAUCCACAGACACACCCUUGAUGCCCGCACAGGGGCUUGAGCGAAGGCUAUGCACCGACCGAGUUAUGGAUAUUUUCUCAAUGACGCCUCGGGCUUGUAAGCUUCAGAUGAACCCACCCAACUUGCCUUUUACACGUAUGAUCAAGUUUUCCGUCGAAGCAAUGAUCUUCUUUACACCUCGUGUGACUGGGAUGGAGGUCACGCAUCAAAGAGGGCAUCUAUUCUUGACUACCGACCUAUUGUUGAUAUGCGAGAAGAUGACUCCUGAAGAACGCGCAGGUUUCGGCCAAGAUGGUCCAGAUAUGUGGUUGUGUUACCCGCCGUUGGCUGGAAAACACUUGCAGAUUGUCGAAAGCAGUGGCGGUCAAGAAAACGUGUUCCAACUCACUAUCAUGAAGAAAGAAACGUUGACCAUUCAUACCGAGUCCCGAUACAUACGCGAUCAGGUGGUAAGGGAUAUCCGGGAGUGUGCAGAGAAAGCCGUGAAUCUCGCUCCCACAGUCCGGACAAACGUCUCACCAACCUCUCCUGGUGGCCUCCCCAGAUCACCAGCUCCGGGAGAUAGGAGCCCUAACGGAUUCUCCCAGCAGCCAUCACCGCAAUUUAGUCCGGCCCCUCCUCAGCAAAGAGUUCAGGACAAUAUUGUCAACAGUCCAGGACCUUACCUUCCGACCAUCCGAAGCCCUCCUCCAGGGGCAAUGUCUGCGCCCCCCUCCCGCGCCCCUUCCGUCCAUCAGGAUCGUUCAGGCUCACCAAUGAGUCUUCCUCCUGGACCUGGGGGGCCACCCGGAGGACACUGGCAGCCGCCCACCCGUGGUGCUAGUAUUCCAAGUCAAGGAGGUCCCGGUGGUCCUGGUCCAAGAGGGCCACCUGGGCCGCAAAAUUUCCAGCCUGGACCAGGCAUGCUCCCCCCUUUGCGUACGCAACUUUCUUCAAAAUCAUUGAACUCGGAGUUCUCAGCUCGCGAUCGUGAUGGUCCCCUCCCACCCAUCCCGCGGAUGCCUAACGCGGACCCACGACCGGGAGGAUCAGCACCUUCGAGUAUGUACUCUGAGUUUGCCCCUCCGCGCCCUUUAUUUGGUACACCUGGCCCUCUCUUGUCCCCCAGUCAGAACAAUUUCCCUCGAAGCGCGAAUUCCGCUCCUGGGUCGACUUUCGGAUCCGAGUACGACAUAAGCCCACCAGACUCUCCUGUCGAUGAAGAACCACAACAGACGGGGCCUGUUAGUCAAACUGUGACAUGUGAAACACGUUGUAAAGUGUAUGCGCAACAGGAGCACCAGAAAUGGAAGUCACUGGGUUCAGCAAGGUUGAAGUUGUACCAAGCGAUGCCGACGAACGUGAAACAACUCGUGGUCCAGGCCGACUCGAAGAGCAAGAAUAUGUUGAUCUCUACGAUUGUCCUUACCGAUGGAGUCGAGCGUGUUGGGAAGAUGGGAAUCGCUAUCGAGCUUAGUGACAACGGGAGCAGAACAGGCGUAGUCUAUAUGAUUCAGCUAAAGAAUGAAUCAUCGGCAAACAGCUUGUUUGAUGCAUUGCUGGCGGGAUCCGACCUCCACUGGCGACACCGCCCUAUUGGCGCCGCUGACAAGACUGGCCAACCCUUGAAAGAGGGUGUCAAGGAUAUUGAACAACGCGCAGCGUACUUUGGCGGAGAGAAGAACGCUAGCGACGUCCUAACGCCGGAGGUAAAUCCCGAUGAGGCUAUUGCUGGAGCUCAAAAGGCAGCAGAAUCCGUCGAGCUCGGACGACACUAA